UACAUUUUUGUUCAGUUUGGACCUUGGCGUAUUGGGCCGGUAUGAAGCCAAAGUUAAAACGAAGCCGUAAUUUGGGAAACUGCACGCGCCAGCAAUAAUUUUGUAAACAACCAAGAUGGCCGCCGCCAUGAAGAUUGAAUGAAAAAAUUGACCGUGAAAGUCAAAGUUGUCCUUCGUCGUCCGCCUUUGUUCUCAACAGUUUGAAACUCCCUCAUGAAUGCUUUAAGUGUUGGACGACCGAUGGAUGACAGAAUGUUUCACUCCAACCAUGCCAACACUACAGAAGCAUUGAACACUAGCACCAGCGAUGAAAGGGACAGGGAUUCAUACUCCUCGUCACUUUGUGAGAUCACAGAUUGCGAGAGUCGUGACGGCACUAACCUAUACCACACUACCACUAUUCUGAGAGUGUGCAGACAGCAAGUGCUGAAGCCCUAUUGGAAGUUGCUCUUUGUGAUUGGAUGGCGGCCAUUUGGGCGGGACCGCAUCAACUACCACUGUGGCUGGAAGGCACUGAACAUAGUCUAUCCAAUCCUGCUGGUUGCCUUGAUGUUCUACGUCUACGUGUACCGAAUAUUGUCUUGCCAAGGGAAGUACGAUGUUCCGUUUGUUAUCCAGCCGACAAAGAUGUCACCAAACUUUGGGUUGCCAGCUGAUCCCGCACCUACCCCUACCACACCCAGCGGCUACGUCCCCAUAGAACCAGCCAUAGACAGCUACCAUGCCUGCACUCAUCUCAUCUCCUCCUACAUCCUGCCUGAUGUCCUCCACUUUGUAGCCUUCCUGCUGGGCUUCUGGUACUUCCGCAUCCAAGACAACGAGCAGAUGGAUGCACUGAUUCAACAGGCCUUUCUGCAUGCAACACCCACAACGCAUGGCUCUAACACACAGUCUACCAUGAUCAGGGCAAUGAAAUGGAUCCUGAUUGGUGGUGCAUUGUGGGUACUAGCCAUGAUGGGGGUUCUGGCACUGUUCCUGACGGCUUUUGGGCUGCAAAACACCAUCUACAAGUUCUUUACUGUGCAAGCUUGGAACAUUGUCUUGCUGUGCGUCCACGCGUUUGGCUGUCUCAUCUACAACUCCAUCAUAGCGGCUGUUGUUGUCAACUACUCGGUGCAGUGUGAAACCAUCAUUUGCUUUGUGCGCAGCAUCCAGGAACAGUUGCUAGAGAAGACAGGAGACUUGCGAAUGAUCAUGCAUGACAUCUUGAAAGUUUGGCAGGCCACUCAGCAGCUGAAUGGACCCAUGGCCAAAAUGAUGUCACUGUUGGUCUUCAACUUUGCUGCUAUGGUUGUAGCAGGUAUAAGCCUACUACUGUUUCAUCAACCCAGGGGUGAUGAGAUAUCUGCUUUAGUUACCACAUAUCGCGUGUGUUUCUUUCUGCUGUGGUUGGCCAUCCUUGUCUUUCCUUAUGUGCAGGCAGCAAGAUUGAGUUCCAUCUACAACAAGUUUGAGCAGGCAGCAUUGGAGAUGCGAGUCUUUGGCUACCUGACCAGCACACCGAGGGAUCUAGACUCCUUCCUGCAAUUUGUCACUCAGGCCAAGUGCAAGGUGCGACUGCUCUUCAUCCCUGCCAAUACAUCCAACGUCUAUGGUAUCCUCCUACUGACAGCAUUCCUUCUCAUCAUCCUGGUCCAGACUGGAGUCAUCGUAGCACCUUCUACCUACCUGUAGGCCCCACCUAACCCUUUAGUCAUCAUUCUGGCCUGAAAUGACCGGAACUGGAAUGCUCACAGUGACUGCGGACAGUAAGCAUUUCCAACUGACUGUAGUUGCAUCAAACAUGAAUAGUUGGGCUUAUGCCCAGCUCCUGUGCAUUGGAAGUGUACAAACUUCUCUUUUCUCAAUUUUGUGAGUGAAACAUGGGCAUCCCAAAGCAUUACGGGUAGGUAACUGCAAUGAUAAAUGCAUGCACAGCUCUUACCCAAUUCAAAGUAUUGACUCGGGUAGCUAGCUAUAUAAAACGUAUCCAAUUCAAAAACGUAUCACCCUCGGAUAGAGCAAUGAGUAUGAGCGAAGUGGAUAGUUACAAGAUUUUUAAAUCUGACCACUCGGUGCAGGUUAGAGAGACUUGACAAAAAAGAUACUAUUGUAAGUAUGAUGUUUUGUGCAAAAUUUGAAAGUUUGAAGAAAAAGAAGAUUCAAACUUUGUUGCAUUGUACACUGUGUGAAAGUACUUUUUUUAUGAGGACAGCAGAAUGGCGUCAAAAAUGGCACAAAAAAGUGAGUAUUACUGUUUACUGUUGAAACAUUUCAUUAAAAAUGAGCAUAUGUUUUGUUUUUGUUUCUUUUUGAAACUCUCCGGCAAAAAAAUUUUGGAUUGUCGAAAAAACAGUUGGUAUAUAAUUGUCAAUUUUGCCUGUAAACGUAUGGAGAAUGAAACCAGAACAACUCUUGAACAAGGAGAUGAUAGCACAAAAUGUUUGUUAAAUUUGCGUAAUGGUGACGGGCAGAAAUGGGGAAAAACAGGAUAUGGCACUCAACUUUGCGAGAAAUUUACCAAUUCUUCAAAAGAGAAUUACCUUCACUUGCUUAAAGAUCGUAUGAAUAAAACUCAAUUUUUUUAGUAUUUUCACUAAUUGUAAAUCAUAUCAAAAAAAAAAUUGUACCAGAAGAGUGCAUGGACUGUACAGAUUGCCAUUUGUGAUAUUAUUGUUGCAUUCCAAGAAUGACCAUUGCAAUUUUCAAAGAAAUAUUUUCAAAAGGUUUUAGAAAUUGCCUCAAGGAAUGAUUUGAAUAUUUAGUACAUCUAUAUUGAUACAUUUACGUAUUUAAUACAUUUGCACUGGUAUAAUGAUAAUGAGACGCCAUAGCAAUAUUUUGGCAAAGUUUCCAACAUUAGCUUGUGAAAUGUUAAAUUCCCUUAUCACAUACAUGUAUUGUUAUUAUACCUGGCUCAAUUUCGUUACAUUGCUUAGCACAGGGAAAACUAUUGCUCAGCAAAAAAAGGUAACCAGCCAAAAUGCCUGGUUCCCUGCUGAAUAUUGCUAUAGCAUGUCCAUUAAUGUGCUUAGCAGUAUAGUUUCGCUUGGGACCUUCAUGAAUGGGUCCAACUUUUUUGAACUACUAAACAUGUGAAUUCAUGAAAAUCCAGGGGGGAAAAAAGUAUAUUAAAUCUAGAUAGCCAUGGUAAAAAUUCAUGGAGGGCUUCUAUUACGUUGAAAUUUUAUAAUUUUUUAAGUAGCAAAGAUUUUUUACUUUUGUAUUUUGAAAGAGCAAUGCAAGCCUUAAGAUUUAUUUUGUAUAAAUUAUCUUUAAAAGAUAGCACAUUUGAAAUCGAGAGCAAAGUGUUUUGUUUUGUGUGUUACUGCCUUUUAAAAGGUCAACAUUUGUCUGUAUUUUCGGGCUUUUCAUGAAUUGCCUGUGAAAUAAUGCGUGUGCUUUGGUCUUGUACUGAAAUCAUGUUAAAUACAAGCAUGUUAUUCAGUGAGCAAGUAACUCGGUAACUGUGGAAAGAUAAUAUCUACGAAUUUAAAAUCUGUGAACUUUAUGAGAGUGAACUUUAUGUAUAAAGAUAUUAAUCAUGUAUAAGUAACCAUAGCAUCUAUGACAUAAAAGCGUUUAUUCAACAAAACCCCAAUUGUAACUUCGUUGAAGAGGUUUUUAACACGCAGCUUCUCCGCAACUCUUUGGUACUUAUAUUUCCAAUACCAAGCACAAGUUUGUACCUUAUGCUUAAAAGAAUCUUACCAGGAGCGAAUUGAAGAGAAGGGGUUUGCCCCGAUGUUUCUGGACUCCUGUUAAAACUCCCCUGCGGAGUUUUUAGGAGAAGAACCAACCGAUUAAGUACCAAGUAAUGAAUUUAUCUUUUGUACUAUAUUUGGGAGAUUUAAUGGAGAAAAAUUAACUCCGAAGUCCCAACUGAUUGAGGUAUGGGCGCUUACAUGCAUGGUUGAUACUUUGACCCGAUGAAAAAGUCUGUCCCUUAAACCUCAAUCCAAUUCCAAAAAAUGGGUCAUGAAACACGAAUUUGGGUUUUCCGAAAAUCAUUUUUUUAUGCACAGCUAAUAAGCAAUUUUGUGUUAAAGUUAUUCAACCAGUGCUCUUCACGAAUGUCCUGUUUGCUAUGUUGAAUUUUCAAUCCUCUGAAAAUAACACUUGUAUUUUGGGUUUCUUUUUCGCCCAUAACGCACAAAAAGAUAGGCCGCAAAUAAUUCCAACUAAUAUAAAUUAUGUACGGUACGGCAAAUACUCCAUAUCUAAACGUUCACAGGCGAAUUCAUUUUCGAUGUCGCAUUCAAAAUUAAAUAGUCCCCUCCACCUAAAAUUUGUAUAGCAAUUUAAAAACAAAAUCUAUUUUCGGUUUGAAAUUCGAAAAAAAGGACGGGGAGAGAAACUUGAAAAAAAAAUGGAAGCAGGAAGAUGGUUUCUUUGUUAAAUUAAUUUUAUCUUUAAAUAAUGUGAACUAUUAAAAAAUGGUUGGGUUUCAUUUUUAUUCUUAAUGAAUUUGUUUCCUUAUAUUAAAAAUAUGCAAUCAUAAAGCCUCGUUUGUUAACGGGCACCUCCAGUUGGAAAGAGGUUAAUGAAAGUGUAAUUUAUUUUCUUAAUUGACGAAAUCGUGAAUUCCACGUUGUACAGAUGACUGAUGAUUGUAAACCUACAACAUUUUUUUCACGGAGUUGUGAAAUAAUAUUCCUAUUCUUGUACAAAUGUAUUUCGAAAACAAAAAUCUAGUGUCUGGCUCGUUUUCUGUCUGCGGUAUCAAAUAUUUGUUAAGAGGUUCGUUCUUGUUUGCGUUUUUUGAACGGCUUAUGUAGCCGCAAUAUUUACAGUAUUAUAAUCGUGUCUAAAACAUUUGGUUACAAAUAUCAUUAUAUUUGUCUAAAUCUGUCUUUAAUAAAUAUAUCUGUAAUGACAGAGAAUCAGCA